UUGUUUUUCAAUGUCGUUCAAGCGCAACCCGCAAACGGCUCCAUUUCCACCAGCCACAAGUCGGAAGGCGAAUGCACGUCGCGCAUCUGAAGCACUUUCAGAUGCUAUUUUUUUUUGUAUUAAGUUUAUUGGGAGGAGAGAGUGGAAAAGCAUCAAAAUGCUCAAAAACCACGGAGAAAGGAGCGGGAGCAUGGACAUGGGUGUAAGGAGCUUGGAGACACAAAAUUGGCAGAGAGCCAUGUCUGGUCAUAUGACAUAGCAUUAGCGAGCCUGUAUGCUCGUGCACUACAGGCCUUGGGAAAUUUAUAUCCAUUGAAGAAGGGCGGGAAGCGACGAUGUCGGUUUGUGGUUAGUUCGGUUCUCCAGCGGUUUCAAAGUUGGUUCCGCGAACGGCUGACGCGCCGAGGCGCGUCUAGAAAUGCCUGUGGGUCGCAACUAGCAACCUGAAAUAGCCAAACCAACAACAUGACAUAGCGAGUGUGUCGCGGCGGGGAGGUGAUCAGUGUGAAGCAUAAAGCUUCGUCCGAAAGUCAAUUCGAGUUGCGGUUCCAGUGAUUCGCGAGGGUUCCAUGAAGCGGACAAACGCGACUGCGUGUCCAGAAGGUGCUUGUGGGACGCGCAGCAUGAACCAAGCUGAAACAGACAACAGCAAAUGACUCGUCAUCGAAAUGACGCGGAGAGGAGGGGGGGGGGAGAAAUGUUGGUGAAGAGGGCUGGAAGGUAUUACCAGGAGUCGUCCCAAAUUGCAAUGCAAUUUUUCAACCAACAAAAGAAGACUGUUUUCAGAUGCUAGUGAAGUGAGGCCGCCGAAACAGUCAAAACUGGCAGUCGUAAGUGGACAAACGUUGCCUGUGCUUUGGCAGUUUUGCGCGCCGUUUUUGUGUUUGGUUUCUUCUCGAAUACUCUUCACCCACCGACUCACGCACCCAUCCGCCCAGUCAACUUCCUUCCCCGUGCAACACAUUAAAGGCUUUAUUCUAGAGCCGCCAAACAUGGCAUGGCCUUUCCAUUCCGCCUAACCCACCUUUUUGAUGCUGGUUGUGUCGUUUUGUUUUCUGCUCCCAACACUGUUCAAGUCGUCCACGAAAGAAUUUGAUAAUCCGCUGUACAAUGCCUCACACCAGCAGUAACACUUGUGCUCGACUGUUUUGUCGCGGCUUUCGCGACUCUGUUGGUCGCUUUUUGCGCGGCCUGAAUUGUCAUUGUUUGUUUGUGUUUCGUGAACGCUUGUGAAAGUUGAGUACAAUUCUUUCAGUUUUAUAGUUGUGCGCGCCUUCAACUGUUCAAAGGCACCGUCGGUUGCGUCUUUCCGUUUCUGCUCGAUCGACGUGGCCUUGUUUCAUGUUCACUUCAGACACUUGGCAGCGAAACUCGAUCACAACCGUUCACCCUUUUACAUUGCCCGAGUGCCUUGCUGCCACUUGUGUGAUUUUGGAGGGAGAGGUUCAUUUGGCCAUUGUUUGGAUACAAAACCAGACCCAUGCAGUCUUUCUUAGGAAAUGCUAGCGACUCAGAGACAACACGAUUUGUAUCACCAAGUCACGAAGGCGAGCGGGUGGCUCAGUCUUUGGCAGAGCGAGGCUGGCUGUGCAGGCGCUAUGGCGGUGGCUGAAGCACUCAAAGUGAACACGGCUGUGACUGGGCUCGAUUUGUACCAGAAUCAGAUUGGCGAUGAAGGAGCUCAAGCGAUUGCGGAGGCACUCAAAGUGAACACGACGGUGGCUGUGCUUGACUUGCGUGAGAAUCAGAUUGGCGAUGCUGGCGCAGAGGCGUUUGCAGAGGCGCUCAAAGUGAACAAGAGCGUGGUUGAGCUCUAUCUAUGGGUGAAUCGGAUUGGGGAUGCUGGUGCGCAAGCCAUUGCUCGGGCAAUCGUCGUCAACACCACGCUGACAAAGCUUCAUCUGUACCAGAAUCAGAUUGGCGAUGCAGGUGCGCAGGCGAUCGCGGAGGCACUCAGAGUGAACACGACGGUGAAUCAGCUCGAUCUGUGGGCAAAUCAGAUUGGCGAUAUUGGCGCUCAGGCAAUCGCCGAGGCGCUCAAGGUGAACAAGACGCUGACAUCCAUUCGCUUGGAGGAUAACUUCUUGACCGAGGCGGGAAUCACUGCGCUCAGGGAAACGGGCAAUACUAGUUGUGAACUAAAGUAA